UUCACUGGUUCAGGGGAAUCGUAUUUUCUGUCUUCCAAUUGGUUCGGCGGCACGCGUCGAUGAACACAAAUUCAACAGCAGACCUCAGACAGUGGGGAAGGCUAUAAAAAGACAUGGAUCUUUCAAAACCCUCACAGUUCUUCGUUGGUUGCUCUUGCGUUCUGUUCGCUAAAAUAUUUUACAAAAAUAGAAAAGAUAAAAGAUACUCGGAGAGAAAAAAAAAAGAUACAAAACCCAAGAGAUAUCAUUUUAAGUUCCGUUGAGAAAUCGUGAUCCCUUUUUAAGAACUUCCAAAAAAAAAAAUUAUACUUUUAGAAAAGAAAAAAACCCAAAAUGCAUCUUGAAAUGAUCGCGGGUAAAAACUAUAGCAAGUGUCCUUUGAAAAAACGUCCAGUGCAUUAUGAUUUCGAGGACGAUAACGAUAAUGACAAUGACAUUGAUGUCGAUAGUAGUGACUCACCACCGCCGCCGUCUUCGUCGUCGUUGUUAGUCCUUACAAAGGACGAACCUGAAAAUUUAAGUGUUAAAAAAGAAAUCGACAUGUGCAGUGAUGAAUCUUCGUCCACCGUCGUCGAUGUUAUGUCCACAACAUCCUCGUCGUCUUCAUGCAAGGAUAACAAUAAUAGUGUUUGUGUGAAAAAAGAACAAUCCUCACCAGUGAUCGUGCCAACUCCAACUUAUCCAAAUGGCUAUGGAAAUGGCCUACAGCCAUGGAACUUCCAUGUCUCGCCCUACACUGCCGAAUUCUACAGGACCAUCAAUAAUCCGCAUUUGAAUCAUACGCAAAUUUCACCGUUGCGAGGAGAACUCCUCUCGCCCAGUUCACCAUCGGAAGCUGGAUCCUUGUCGCCACCACCACACUACUUAAAUGGCCGUGCCAGUUCUGUAUCGCCUCCCAUGCGAUCGGAAAUCAUUCAUCGGCCAAUUGGUGUGCGACAUCUGCCACAUUCCCAGCUCACCCAUCGUUUCAUGCCAUAUCAGAUCCCGGCCUCGCCAUAUUCACCAUUCGGAUUAAAUCUCACACACGCUCCAAUCUCGCCAGCUUACAGUGACUCGUCGUACUUCUCGAUGCGGGCACUUACUCCAGAAUCCAACUGCUCGUCCCUGCCGGAAGACCUCUCCCUGAAACAACUCUCCUCGCCAUCUGGUACCUCCUCGGUGCUGCUUUCACCAACAUCGCCAUCAGUGGUCUCAUCUGGAGCAUCAGUAGCCAGUUCACAGCACUCGCCAAGUGAGGUCUCUGUCAAGAAGGAGAAAUCCUCCGCUCCUCCACGAUACCAGUGCCCUGAUUGCAACAAGUCCUACUCCACAUUCUCCGGCCUGACCAAGCACCAGCAGUUCCAUUGCCCAGCCGCCGAAGGAAAUCAAGUAAAGAAAUCCUUCAGCUGCAAGGACUGCGACAAGACCUACGUAUCGCUCGGUGCCCUCAAGAUGCACAUCCGCACCCACACUCUGCCUUGCAAGUGCUCCAUCUGCGGAAAAGCCUUCUCCCGACCAUGGCUGCUCCAAGGACACAUCCGAACCCACACCGGCGAGAAGCCGUUCAGUUGCCAACAUUGCCAUCGGGCGUUCGCCGAUCGUUCCAACCUGCGUGCCCAUCUGCAAACGCACUCAGACGUCAAGAAGUACUCAUGCACAUCCUGCUCCAAGACUUUCUCUCGCAUGUCCCUGCUGACAAAACACACCGAAGGAGGCUGCCCCGGAGGCAAUAGCUGUUCCGCCAACUCAUCCUAUCUCGCUUCCUAUGGAGAUCACUAAAGAUCUUUAACUCGCAUUGCAUUGUAUCGACUCCGAUCGUGCAUCCUCCAGCCAUAGAACACAUUUUUGGAUUGAAUUCUGUUGAAAACCAAAAAUUAGUUCCUAGAAGCCCACAAAAUCCCACCCAACAUCACAAAACAAACAAGAAAAAACAGAAGAGACCACAAAACCCAGUUAUUCGUUAUAAAUUAUUUUUAUUUUGUUUUUAAUUAACUUGAAGAAUUUUUGAAGUUUAAUCAAAAUUGUUUUAGUUCAUAUUUUGUUUUAUUGCAUAAUUUUAUAGUUUUUCUUUUUGUUCUUGUAAUCCUUGUAAAUGCUAAAAAACGGAACCUCUAGUCACACAUCGUGUUGUAAAAUAAAACAAAAACAAAAGUUGUAACUUGAACUCAUAAUCCUUGCGAGAAAAGUGCCUAUUUAAUUUAUUUUAUUAUUUUUUUUUUUAAUUUGGAAGACAAAUAUGUACAAAAAAAACUCCUGUAAAUAUUUUGUAAAAACAAAAACAAUUAAAGUUAAAUUAAAAUAUUUUUAUAAAAUAAUUAUAAGAUAACAAAAACAAAAGACAAGCAAAACAAACAAACCGAGAAGU